AUGCCACGCCUAGAAACCAGCUCUGGCUGGUCGCGCUUCAAGGAGGAUGUCAAGACACUCUUUUCGCCUAGCACAGGACCGAUAUCUGCUCGCUCUGCCAUUCUCAAACAUCUCCUGCUGCGGUCGGUGCGCAUCUCACUUGUCGGUUCGUCUUCGCCUUCCAACGCGCCGUUGCUACCGCUUCGGAUUCGACCCGCCUUUGUGCUGCUCAACAUCCUUGAUCUCAUCCUUCUCGGCAUCCUGGGCUUCCAUCCGCGCGGUCAAACGUGGAUUCGGAUCAACGACAAGAUCCUGCACUUUAUUUGCUUCUUCCUGGCCACCGCCAUGUUCUACAUGAUUUGGGACGUAGACGAGCCGGCGCGCACAAGUCGUCUUUGGCGCAAUGCAUCCUUGUUGCUCACUGGCAUAACGUGCUUCUUGGUAGGCGGUAUUGGUAGCGAGAUCGUGCAGAGUCUGCUGCCGUACAAGGUGUUUCAGAUCGGCGAUAUCGUAGCAAAUCUGUUGGGGAGCUCGUUGGGUCUCUUCUUCAGCUAUCAUAUGGAGAAGAGGUAUCGAGCACGGCGAGAGCUGGAACGGCUGUAUGCGCCGCUCGAUAUCGAGGAAUAUGGAGACCUGGACGAGGACGAGUGCGACGAGGGCCAAGAGUUGGGCGAUGUCAGCGAUCGUGGUACGCAGGCAGGAGCGCAGAGAGGGCUGAGAUCGAGCUUGAAACAGAACAACAACCGAGAUGCGAGCAACGUAGCGGCCAGCGGCAAGAAAAAGACUCGGUUCGAUGAUAGCAACAUCUGGGAUGACAGCGUUGAUGGGAUCGUUCCAGGAACGUCACAGCAGCGUUCUGUUUCUGCAAAUUCACUGGCGCCGAGCCAACUCACACCAACGUCGACGGCUGCGACACCAGUCUCGAAGCAACAUCUGUUCUCCAUCGAUGAUGAUGAGGAUGACGACGAUGACGACGACGACAAUAAAAAGUCAUCUGCACCCACAGACGCCGACGACAAAGGCAAUGUAUGGAAGCAGACAGAUUCGUGA